AUGUGCGAUAAUUAUUAUCUUCGUAAGGUAGAGUAACGUUGGAUUUAUUUCGCUUUGAAAGUGAAAGUUAAGUGUUCGAAGAAAGAGAGAGAAAGAGUGAGAGAGAGAGAGGAGAGAGAGAAUAAAAGUAAAAAGUUGAUUGAUUUUUCAAUAGCAAAGAAUAUAACUGCAACAGUGAAAUCUUUGAUAAUUUGAUGUCAUUGACAAAACGAGGAUUGCCCUUGAAUAUAAUGUGCAUUAAUUGAGAAAACAAAAUAAACGUAUAAGUUAAAAGUGAGAACGAGAAAGAAAAAAGAAAGUUUUUGAUCUUCAUCGUAGGAAAAUUAGAAGAGAACAUUUUUUCUAAUUUUUAAUCUUGAUGGAUAAGAAUGACGAUAUCUUUCACAUGUUUUUGAAAACAUAAGACAUGGUUUGGAUGUAGCAUAUCCAAUAUACUGGCAAGUAUGUUUAAUGCAGAGCCUGAAUCUGUCUCUGAAGGUUGGCAUACAUACGAAUUACCUAGCACAAUGAUCCCCAAUGCAAGUUCUGGGAUUGAUGAUGAAGAUCACUUUUGCAAGCUCAUAUUGUAUAAAGAGAUUAAGGAUUCCAGAGUUCGUAUAUGGGACGUUAUAAUACUAGUACCGAAUUUGUUAUUUCUUCUAUUUAUUGCUAUAAGAUUUAACAGAGCAAGGCUUAAGUUACGUGCAACGAGUAGUCCAAUAUUUUUAGCAUUUUAUGGACUUGUUAUUUGUAACGUCGUUAUCUCUGUAAUACGAUGUAUUGUAUCAAUGACAGUUAAUGCGGCAGCUACAGUUGGUGGUAAAGCAGACAAAGUGCUUUGGGUUACAGUUAGAUUUUUUUUAUUAUCUACGGAGAUGAGCGUAGUAAUAUUUGGUUUAGCUUUUGGACAUUUGGAUAGUCGGUCGAGUAUUCGUAGAGUAUUACUCGCCACAUCUUUUAUCGCUUUAGCGUUCACUAUAACUCAAGGGACUUUAGAAUUAGUUUUACCAGAUGACACAUUCCAUAUUCCAAGUAGAGACUUUUACGUGUUUGGUCAUGGUGGUAUGAUGUUUUGGUUUUGCAGCAGUCUUGUUUUUACUACGAUAUAUCUUUUUAUAUUGAUAUUACCAUGGACACGAUUAAGAGAACGUUUAGCACUUCCAACACGGAAAAGUUUUUACGUUUAUGCGGGCACGUUGGCUAUGAUGGAUUUAGUACAAUCAAUUGGUGCAGGUUUUUUAACUUACACGCAAAAUCCUGUUGGACUGUGCAUUGUAGAUUUUACUGCAGCAGUUUAUUUAACUCUAUUUACGCCAUUGGUAUAUCACACUUUCCUAUCAGAAUUUCUUGGUGUCUCACAACCUUCAAUAAUGUUUUCGUACAAAGCACAAGUUGACGAUGCAAUGGAUGAAGACACUGUAUCGCUUCCUCAUCAACAGAGUUUCUCAUCGUUAAAAACUGACAGCGAUUACAUCUAUCAGGUCCAUACUCCGUCUAUUCACAUGCCCUUGUAUGAUCCUCAGGCAUCAAAUGCAUCUACUGCAAUGCAUAGGACUUCUCUGUACUCCUUAACAUCUGCGAAGGAUUCUAAAUAUAAUACUACUAAUUCUUAUGACUCUCAAGUCGCAUUAAAUAGAUCACCUGGUAUUAAAAAUUUCGCUAGACGUUUUAGUGCAGAGAAACUUAUAAACGAUUUCGCACAUUAUCCUUUAACUAAAUCGGACAGUAAUCACAGUGUUUACGACUCUACCCAAUUCGACACGAAUACAACUCCAGUGAAUCCAUUGUAUGCAGCAUCUCUACAGAGUCCAGAUAGCAUUACUGGUUACAGUAUAGACAGUCAAGAGACACAGAACCAAACCAACGGUUAUCAACAAUGAAGUUAUUAUUUUUACAAUUAAUCAUAAAAAUAAUAUCUCUGCAAAUAAACAUUGAAAUUCCAAAUAGAUCUGAACGAAUAGAUCUGAAAACUUUGUUUCGAGUAAGAGAGCUUUGCAAAAAAAAAUCCACUGUCAAAGUGUUCCAACAAUAUCUGGUAGGUUUCUGCGAGAAAGAAGAUGAAGAAAAAAUAUGUGUUACAAAUAUCUGUAACAUAAUAGUUAACAUAUAAGAUUCUAUCUGUAUAUAUAUAAAGUAUAAACAUUGAUAGAAUUCUAGUCCUUCUUAAAUAAAAGGAAAAAAAAGAAGUAAAGAAAAGACAUAAUUUCAGGGCCGUAAUGAUUAUUAUAGGCUCUCCCUGUGAUAGGAUACGAAUGUAUUUAUAAAUAAUUCACGACGGCGAUGAUGAUCAUAAUGAAAAUGAUGGUAUAUUAGAAAAAGAACAAUCGUAAAUCUCAAAAUAUACAUUUACAUUAUAUAGAAAUCUAGCCUAUCUAAUAUUAAUUAAUUUUAUUAUUUUUUCUUCAGCCACCCCCCGAUUAAAAGCCAAGAACGAAGAAUGAUCAUGUAUACUAUUUAGGAAUAAUUUCUUUCGCGAAUCUCUUCCUCUUUCUCUUUCUCUUUCUCUAAAACAUAUAUAGAUCUAUAUAGAUAGGAAAACAAAAACAGAAUUAAAAAAGAGGGAUGUCGAAGUGAAAUAAAUACUAACGUUGCGUAACACGUACUUAUUAAUACGAAACAGAAUAAGAACAAAAAAAUGGAAACGUAUAUGUAUACAAUAUGUAAUUAUAGAAUUUGAUUUUAAAUCUUAUUUUAGUCUGUUUGGUUGGAUGUUGUUGAAAAAAAGAAAUGAAUCGAAUGAAAUUUCUGUUUCUCUCUCUCUCUCUCUCUCUUUCUCUUUCUCUUUCUCUCUUCCUUCGGUAUUUGCAAUACAUGCAUACAUACAUGUAUACACACAUGUACAUACAUUCUAUAAGUGAUCUAAUUUGGUAAAAUAUAUAUGAUAAAAAAAAUUAAAAUAAAAUAAAGGAAGAGGAGACAAAUAACGCGAUCAUUUAUCGAAAACAAUUUGUCAUUGAUUGAUGAGACUUAACUGACACAAAUAAAAUAUAAACAAAAUAAAACGGAUGAUGAUGACCAGCAUUCGAUGAGGCAAAUUUGAUAGAUAUUCUAUAGACGGAUUUUAAAAUACACUAUCCUCGAUUUUUCCGUCCUAAUUAUCGGAUGAAAUUAUUCUAACGCAUGUUGUAUAAUUGAUGACAUUGAAAAAACAACAACAAAGAAAAUAUCUUUUACGAUUCGAUGCAAGAUCAAGAUUAUAGAACAAAAAUGACGCUGGGUCUUGUUCGCUAUUUUCCUACUUUUGCAUCGAAAAAAAAAAAAA